CAGACCGACCCGCAGCCAGUCCACUCACUGAUGCCUCGAUCCUGCGCAGGAACACAGCAGCUGCGCGCCUCAUCUCAGCCUUAACUCGUAAACACUCACAACAUCUGGAGGAGGACCGAAAAAGCCGACGCUGCCCGCAGCUGCAGGUCUUUUUCCCUCUCUCAUUCCUGCGUAACCGGGAGAAAGUGCCGCGUCCUUGAAAUUAACUGUAACUUGGAAGAAAGGCAAAGUGAGAAAGAGAGAGAGUUGGCGGCGAAAUAAAUCUCGCUUCGAGACUUCAUCACGAACCAGCAUAAAGGAGGUGAAUGGACCUCCACCGCCCCUUCAAGAUGGACAGCCCCUCCUACCUACCGGCUCCACUGGCGUCCCCUGCCCUGAUGGUCCUAGCUUCCACUGCAGAGUCUGGCCGAGACGCCUCUGUCCCCUGCCAAGCGCCGAGGCCCUUCGGCGUCCCCGUCUCUGUGGAGAAGGACCUCCACCUCCCCUUCCCUUCAGCCUCCUACACGUUUACCUCCAUGUAUCAGCGCCAGGGCCCCAUGUCAGGCACCUUUUCGUCCCGAGACUUCCCGGCCUCCCUGCUCCACCUGCACCCACAGUUCACCCCACCAAACCUGGACUGCUCCACCCUGGGCAUGCUCAACCACAGCGGUGUGGGCGCCUUCCGGCCUUUCUCCUCGCCUCAAGAUGAGAGGGAGUCCGGGGGUUACCAGUCUGCUUUCACCCCCGCCAAGAGGCUGAAAAGCUGCUUUCCAGAGGUGGAGGGGAAGGAGUUUGACUUUGGCUCCCUCGGAGGCUCCCUCAAAGCUGGGGAGGAGUCGGGGAGGAAGCUGUUCUCCAUGUCCGGCCUGCUGUCUGAUGGAGAGGCUUCAUCGAGCCCCGAGGAGCGCAAAGAGCACAGCAAAGUCAAAGGUCUGUAUGACGCUCAGGCCCCGGCGUGUCCGGUCUGCAAGGCCGUGCUGCGACCCGGAGAGCUGCAGGAGCACAUGGAGCAGGAGUUAGCCAAACUCGCCCAGCUGCAGAUCAGUGCAACUCCGGUCCAGCACGACCACUUCAUAAGGACGCCAAAGCCUCUUUCACUGUCCCUGCACAUCAAGCGAGAGGGAAGUUCGCCCACCUCGCCCCCUCGACCGGCCGAGGAGGCCCACUCUGACCGAUACCAGACGUUUCUCCGCGUCCGGGCCAACAGACACACCAGGUUAAACGUCAGGAUGGGAAAGCUGAAGAGGAGAAAACCAGAGGAAGCACAGGAGGGGUCGGCAGACCUGUUGGCAUUGGAGGACGACUGGAAUGAGAGGAGAAGGAUACAGAUGGCGUCUAUAGGCUUUAAAGGUGCAAUGUUGGUGAGCACCACCUCUAAGGAGUGUCGAGACAGCGAUGCAGACCUGGACGUGGACGGAGAUGACACGCUGGAGUACGGUCGGGCACAAUACACAGACACAGACGUGAUUCCCUGUUCGGGAGAAAGCUCCAAAGAGACGGCAGUGAACAGCAACAGCAGCAGCGUGCCGCCUGAAUCCAGAGUAAACUUGGACUUUAAUAAAUGGUCAAAUGAUGGAAGUCCGUCUACAAGCAGUGGAGAGAAACAGGAUGGCAGUGCAGCCGGUCUCACUCAAACCUGCAAAAACGCUGAGAUAGAGAUGCUCUCGCAGGACUCCACGCUGACAACAUUAGAUGCACUUAAGGCUCGGAUACGGGACUUGGAGAAACAGCUGUCUAAAGGAGACAGAUUUAAAUGUCUCAUCUGCAUGGACACCUACACAACGCCGCUCACCUCCAUCCAGUGCUGGCAUGUUCACUGUGAGGAGUGUUGGCUUCGAACGCUGGGAGCAAAGAAGCUGUGUCCUCAGUGCAACACCAUCACCUCACCUGGAGACCUGAGGCGGGUUUACCUGUGACUCACUUUCAGGGAUUUCUUCUGUUUUGACCAAUCAGGCUUGGACUUGUUGGGCAGCUGGCCUGUCAUGCAAGCCCACCUUUCCCUCUCCCGUCCCUCUUCCU